AUGCGACCCAAGCGUAAUUCAAACGCUGUAAAAAGUAAUGUACAGACUGCAAGUGAAGAGGGAGUUGUUGUUCCACCCGCCCAACCCACGAGUUGUCAUUUGGUCCGCGGCGGGUUCCAGCCGCGCCUUCCGACUUCGCUGCCGUCCCCAGGGCAGCAGCAGCAGCAGCAGCAGCCGUCGCCGCUACCACGUCGACAGCCCGUCCCGUUGAUGCCUCCCGCGCAGCUUCAUUCGGGAGCGCCCCAGGUGGUCGCUCCGGCGCCUGCGGUCCCUCUUCAGUCGCCACCGCCUUCGGAGCUGAUGGACGUCGACCCCUCAGCCGGGCCGCCUUCCCAAGCGGUGGCUGUGCAGCCUGUCCUGCAGCCGCUUUCCUUGGGCACCCCCAAGGAGUCUGACACCGCAGCGCCUUGUCCGGCGCCCACUCAGCAGCCGUCGACGCAGCGUCAGGAGACGCUGCCUCUCUUCGUGGGUCCCGGCGCCCCGUCGCGUCCAGUACCAGAAGCUGCCUGCCAAACCAGCGCCAUAUUAUCGACGACGACAAAUCAGGCAUCAGUAUUUGGUGCAGGUUACAGACAUCCAUGUAGACUUGGAGCGACGACCAUUUACUACACCCUGUUUGCCAACUUCUCGUAA